AGUUACGUUGCUGUAAGGGGCGUACAGAUGCGCAUGCGCUGGGGUGGUGGGCGGAGUUUGUCACUCGUUCAGGAAGAGGCCAAAGGCGGACAUACAAACAUCGAGCGAUGGCUGCAAUUAGGAAAAAGUUGGUCAUCGUGGGAGAUGGUGCAUGUGGGAAGACUUGUCUGCUCAUCGUCUUCAGUAAGGACCAGUUUCCAGAGGUUUACGUCCCCACUGUGUUCGAGAACUAUGUGGCAGACAUUGAAGUUGAUGGCAAACAGGUAGAACUUGCACUUUGGGAUACAGCGGGUCAGGAAGACUAUGACAGACUGAGGCCUCUCUCCUAUCCUGACACAGAUGUUAUUCUCAUGUGUUUCUCAGUAGACAGCCCCGACAGUUUAGAGAACAUUCCAGAAAAGUGGACGCCUGAAGUGAAACACUUCUGUCCAAAUGUUCCAAUCAUCCUGGUGGGUAAUAAAAAAGAUCUGCGUAACGAUGAGCACACCAGACGGGAGCUUGCCAAAAUGAAACAGGAGCCAGUAAGAUAUGACGAUGGCAAAGAAAUGUCAAGCCGCAUCAAUGCCCAAGGCUACCAGGAAUGCUCUGCCAAAACCAAAGAUGGUGUACGGGAAGUCUUUGAAAUGGCAACUCGAGCAGCGUUGCAGGCCAAAAAACGUAGCAAGAAGUCUUCCUGCCUUCUGCUAUAGGCUGUGGGAGAACAGGAAGCUGCCCUCCAGACCAUAUGGAGAGUUUGCAUAGAGAAUUUGAUGUUGAGAGUUGGGAAGGGGCCAAAAAAUGUAUGGACACUCAAUUUGUGAUCACCCAUUGCACAUCAGCAAACUCAAACAGAUCGGACACCAUUUAAAAGGCUUUGAAACGUUGACCCCAAGUCUGUUUAUACCAUUUAACUUGGGUCCAAUAAGAACUUUGUAACGGUCAGAUGGGGAGGUGGUAUAUUUAAAUAAUUUGGUGGUUCAAAAAUGUUCUAAAAUGGGAAUGGAGACAGAGAAAGGUCCAUAGGAUAUGGAGACAACUCACAGGUAAAUAAGUGAUAAAUACAAUAUUAUAAUCUUCUGAAUUAAGAUAUCUAAGGGUUUUUCUAAUUACACAGUAUCGCCUACAUGUAGUGCCUUUAGAGCAGUAAUUGGACUGAGUAAGAUGAGAAGAAUGAGUUCAUAACUUCGAUGAGGUGUCGUUUGUAGUGUCCUUUUUUUAACACUGCCUCUAUUUUUGGCUUGUCUCCAUCAAGCUUUUGUUCUGACUCAGGCACUAUGCAGGGAGAUGCCUCAAUCAAAUUGUAUGAGAUAUUUUCCCAUACUGAUAACUAUAGAGUGUAUGAGUGCAGCCACAUGGUGCUUUGUUUUCGCCAGUGCAGGUCUGCAUGCAGUGAAUGUGUGUACAUUCUAUGGGUGUCUAUUAACAUUUGUGUCUUAUGUACAGUGUGCAUGUAAAGCCGUUCUGUGACACUGACCUAAACCCUUUAAAUCCAUGCCAAAGUUACAACCCUGAUAGCCAUAUUGUUUGGCUUAGACUGGUAUUGGACUUAACAGCCGCUCAGUGAUACAAAAACCUCCACUUUAUGGAAGACCAUAUAGGUAGAGGCACAAUCAGGUUAAUUAUCCUGUGACCUUUAGGACCUUGUAUGAUUGUUUAAAUCAGUUGUUAAAUUAAUGAGUGGUGUAGUUGAUCAAUUUGAACAUUAUUUCUAGUAGACAGUAGGUUUGUUACUAUACAGUUCAUAAUGUACUGUAUGUCUCACAAGGCCUUGUAAGGCCAUUUUAAUGUGCAUUACAUGUCUGCCUUUGACUUAUCUUUUCAGCAUUCUUAAUCAUUGUAUUAUAACUUUAUAAUGUGGAGUAUACUUUUAUUUGUUUGAACUCUUAAUUAUGCUAUUACAUGAUUAACUGAUUCAUGUAACCAUUAUGUCAUGUAAUUCAUUGGAGGCUCGGAUGCCGGAUGUUUUUUUUCUUUGUCCUUGGGAUUUCUGGGUUUGUUUGUCUCCCCCCUCCCUCAAAUAAAGCUGGUGUUACGGUA